GCAAGAAGCUGCGGCUUGAUCGUAGGUAAGCUGUUUCUCCACCGCGCAAACCCGAGCGGGCUGCCGGCUUGCGAGAGUCUCAACACACAUUGCCACAUUAGCAGCCAAUAUGUCGAACCGCAAUCCGUUCGAGGAAUACGCCAACCGGCUCCGUGCAGCGGCACGAACCAGCGGCGGCCGUUUUCCGGGCGGCAGUGGUGGGCUUCCCGGCGGCCCUCGGAAUGUCGGCGGCGCCGUGGCCGGCCUCCUGCUGCUCGGCGGCGGCGCCCUGCUCUUCCAGAACGCCCUGUUCAACGUCGACGGUGGCCACAGAGCGAUCAAGUACCGGAGAAUAAGCGGUGUCAGCAAGGACAUCUACGGCGAAGGAACCCACUUCGUCAUCCCGUGGUUCGAGACGCCCAUCAUCUACGACGUCCGCGCGAAGCCGAGGAACGUCUCCUCCCUGACCGGCACGAAAGAUCUCCAGAUGGUCAACAUCACCUGCCGUGUGCUGUCGAAACCCAAAAUUGAGGCCCUUCCCCAGAUCUACCGGACCCUCGGCCAGGACUACGAUGAGCGCGUGCUUCCGUCGAUUGUCAACGAGGUGCUCAAGAGCGUCGUUGCCCAGUUCAACGCCAGCCAGUUGAUUACCCAGAGAGAGAUGGUCGCCAAGCUCGUCCGGGACAACCUCUCGCGGCGAGCGGCGCGCUUCAACAUCCUGCUGGACGAUGUGUCGCUGACGCAUCUCGCCUUCUCCCCCGAGUUCACGGCGGCGGUCGAAGCCAAGCAGGUUGCUCAACAAGAGGCGCAGCGUGCCGCAUUCAUCGUCGACAAGGCCCGGCAGGAGAAGCAGGCCAUGGUGGUCAAGGCCCAGGGUGAGGCCCGGUCUGCCGAGCUGAUCGGUGAGGCGAUCAAGAAGAACAAGGCGUACGUGGAGCUGAAGAAGCUGGAGAACGCGCGGGCGAUCGCGGCGCUGCUGCAGGAGGCAGGGGGCAAGAACAGGCUGCUCCUCGACUCGGAGGGCCUGGGUCUGAAUGUGUUCGAGGAUCUGGAGAAGAAAUAGGGUGGGGAGAGAGGGUAGAUGUGGGCUUGGUGGUGAUGGACAAUCUCCGCUGUACGUUAAUUUGGAGGAUGGCCGGCAGUCCCCUGUGUAACAACAUGAUUUUGCAUCCGCGUGGUUCUGGGUCUGCCAGGUUCGGUUGGAGUUUGAUAUGGAGUUCCUCG